UCACACGUCAACAUGGCUGAAGAUAGUGAUGGCGAGGAAAGACUGAGUCUGGAGGAUGAAUUUCAUUGGUUAUUGAAGGAGGAAGUGCAUCCAAUCCUACUACAGUUGCAACAGUUACUCAAGGAAAACACAAGACGAUUCAACAUUCCCAUCUCAGUUGGUCUUUCCAAGUUAAUCAAGCCAGAGACUUUCGUUCUUUCAUGCUCCAAUGGAGCAGACUACGCAAAAGGUGUUGUGACACUAGUCGCAGAUAGUAUCUGCCGUGCAGAUCUAUCGUUAAGAAUGCAUAGAAAUGCAAAUCAAGUUGCCAAGACAUCGAUACGAGAAGACAUUCCAUGGAAACUACAGCAGGUGCAAGAUGCUGGCAAUCAUUUGUACUCGGCACUAAACGCUGUAUCUAGAAUAGACGUAGAUUAUGAAUUCCAGACAGGUACUGAGGUUACAAAGUUAAUGGAUGAGGUGAUGAACCAACUCAAGAAGGGUAGACAUCAACUCCUGAACCCUAUCCACCCAUCGCUGCAUGAUCUCUACUUCAGCAAAUGUUCGAAAUCCUUAAACCCACCUUUGCCGCAGGAGAUUUUGAUAGACUUUUACGUCCAGGGAAACAAACUAAACAUGUGCACGUACUUCCUGCAUCUGGCUCAUUCACCAAAAACACCGAGUAAACACUCAGCACCACCUACAGACAAAAACCUCAACGUUUUGGAGUUGGGUCCAAUGAAGUAUGAACUAACUGGACAGUACACAGUACACUGUGCGGUACCAUGGCUUGGGGAAGCGCUGACGUUAUUUACAGUUGCCCUUCAGACUUGCCAAGAACUUAAAAACAAGUUUCUCAUUCGAACACUUUGACAUUUUUCUUCAUCCUCUACGAAACCAUUUUUUAUAAUGCAAAAGAUAUAUCUCCAUCUGGGUGUUUAUAACAUUUCCCCUCAUCUUGGUCUUCUUCUACAUAUUUUCCAUUGUCAAGACCAUUGACCAAUCAAGUAGGCAAAGACACCAGUAUUUCUUCCAUGCUCAGAUCAGCCUUAGCCUAGGCAUCGGCUUAGGCCAUAGCUUAGGCCAUAGCUUAGGCCAUAGCUUAAGCCUUAGGCCAUGCACUUUUCCCCCUAAAUAGCCACUAGGGCUACUCAGCUGUAUAUUUUGACUAGACCGAAUGAUUUGUGUGAAAUGAAUGUCGUUUCAUACAGGCAGGUAGCUAGUUUUGGACUAGCUUGCCGAGGCUACUUUAUGAAGCAAGUUCAACUAGCCUACAGCACUGUAGACAUGAGUUUGUAUAGUGGGGUUUACACAUUGCCUUUUUUUAAACUCAUCUUGUAACUGGUGUUGUGAACAAUAUAAAAAAAGCGGGAUUGCUACUGACUUAGAUAAAUUAAAUAAUUUUAGAAGAGACCCACCAAACCAACCCAUUUACUUAAACAUCCCCAAACUUCCAUUGAGUGGACUAUUCAAAGCUACAUCUCAUUAUGUCAGUGUGAAAACAUAGUAUCUCAAAAUAAGUAUUAAGACAACCAGUUACAAACUAUACAAAUCAUCUCACCAAAAUUAUCCUUGUGCACACACAAAACCUUUAGCACCGAGAUAUGGUCUUUUGUAAGGUAUAAAGUAAUUACCAAAUCAAGAUUUUUGCACUGAUUUUACGUAGGUUUAAGGAUCUAACUAAAUUAUUAGCCUUCUUUCAAGUGUUCUGGCAACACUAAAAACCUAUCCAGUCAGAUAAGGUGCAAAACAUCUUAUGAUUGGGACGCAGCAUUUACUUUGGAUCACAGUUCGUCUGUACUUCCAUGUAUGUGAUUGGUCAUAGGUCUUACAAAAGCUAUUCUAAUAAUACUAAAAGAUGGUGAUAUAAUCAUGAUAGCAAAGAAAUAUCUCAUCUCAAAAUAUCCAAAACUGUGCUCAAUGUUUUUUUGUUUUUUUUCUUUUUCUAAAUCGUUUGGACAAGAGUUUGCAUUCAUGCAUGUAUUAUAUGAACCAGCUUUCAGGCACUAACAGAAAACUGCUUGAACAAAUCCCAAUGGUCUUGAAAACCCAUACUGGUGGUGCAUUAUUGAAACAUCAACUCUGAAACAUGACAGCUUUUCUCUUGGCUCUUCCCUAGCUUCUGACUACUACCAUCCUUCUAAUCAGACCUAAUGCCAACUCAACUUUCUCUUUUGGGUGUCUCCAGUCAGAGUGUGCAUCUCUUGAACAUAUGUUUUCCCUUCACAGUGGUCUCAUCAGUUUUUUUGGUACUUCCUCAACCACAACUUCUCAAACUUAACAACUCAUUUUGUCGGUAUUAUAAAGGGUUCUCAUUUUCAGUCAGUUCAGUAUACUUUCACGUAAACUAUGAAUUAAACUGUUAAGUGAAAGUUUGAAUAUUUGUUAUCAUAUGAAAAUGACUGGUCAGCAUCAUUGACAAGUUUUAUACCUGAUUUUGAUUCAAAUUAAAAGUAAACAUUUCAUUAGGUUCAAGAGUUUGGUUUUUAUAUCCACAAUCCUACAAUUUAGUCACUUGGUGCCAGGAUUCUAAGAGACAAGGUCAGAAAGAUGUAAAAUAUACCCACUAGAUCCAAGAGGAAGUUCCAUGGCUAAGAGAUCACCUGAUUGAAAGGGUUCAUAGUGCUUGUGGUUUGGGGUUCUUACUUGGUUUAUCUGGGUUCCUUUUAUAAUCAAAAGCUUUGUCUGGGUUCCUUGUAGAAUCAAAAGCUUUCUCGAUGCACCUUCUAAUACCAUUCCUUCCGUCUUUUUCUCACCCUUGCUGGCUUCUGCUCUUGACUCAUACAACCUUCCUCCUCUGUAAAUUUGUGCCUUCUCUUAUAAAAACUCCUCUACUUUUGUUUUGCAACCCUACAAAUGUGUUGUAAUUCACUCAUUGUCAAUCCAUUUUCACCACUUCUAAACUGGUACUCUCAACCUUUCAUCUCGAAUGUCUCUACCACUGACCUCUAAACCAACUUCACCCCACUUGUUUGUGGUCUUGAUCCCUAACAUGUAUGCAUGGUUCACCUCCCUGUCGAUCGUUCAUGGUGGAUUUUCUAAUACACUCCUUGUCUUCCAUUCUGCCUGUUUUGUCCUUGGUUCUACCCGUACCUCAAGCUGCUCUCCUCUCCUGUUUCUCCUAACUUAACCGCCCCUUUCUGUGUGUAUCCAACUGUUCAUCAAUCCCUCUUCACCUGUCCACCAUCUGAUCAUGUUCAUCCUUUUCCUCUUCUACUCUUCCUCUUGGACUGUACUCUUCCUUUCCUUCUGUCCUCCUCUUCCAUCCAUCUGAACCUUUCAAUCAUCUUAUCAUCUUCAUCCUUGUCCUCCUGCUCAAUUCCUCUUUCUCUUUACUCUACUCUUCGUUUCCUUCUGUCCUCCUCUGCCCAUCUUGUCUUCCAAACAUCAGAUUGAAGUCUUCUCCACAUACCGCAUCAAUGAGGCUAAUCCGUAAUGGCUGACAGAAGGUAGUUAACCAAUUUAUUUUUUAUCAGAUACUAUUUUUUAUUUGAAAGGACUAAAAAGACUAUCAGUGCAAGGUUUUUUUGGUGAAUUGGUGCGAAGAAACUCUCAGGCAUGUUUGCUUCGUUUUUGAAAAGGCAAGGGCACCAAGGCAUUUUUUCCUUGAUGAAGGCCGAGGGCACCCUGUGAGAAAAUUGUAAAUUUGUACUGGCGCAUUUCAAGGGCACGAAGGCAAUGACCAGGGGGCAUGGAGGCAAUCACCUUUAUUUGUUGCCUCCGUGAGGUAUCAGGCCUGAACCUUUGUGCAAAUGUUCAGAAUUUUAUGUUCAGAAUUCAGAAAGAGACUUUAUUCAGCUUUACCUUUUCUGGCGAAACAAAAGUUAUUUAUUUUAUCAUAAUUUAAUCAGUGUUGUUGACUAGAUUAUGCUAGUUGCUAAAGUGAUUCUUAUGUUGACAUUAGAUGACUUUAUGAGGGUAGCGAUCUCAGGAAAAAUCUUCAGGUGCUUCUAGAAGGCACAUCAACUGAUUCUAUGUUGCUCAUCAAUAGCAACAUGUAUCAGAAGGAGCAUCAAAUACUUCUAGAAGGCACAUCAACAGACUUAGAAACCCCAUCAAGGACUUCUUUAAGGCUUAUUAUCUAGAAGGCAAUUCAUCAAUCUGUGGAAGGCACAUAAGUAUCUACCAAGAGGCCCACCAACUGCUUCUGGAAGGUACAUCAACAAGCUAUAGAAAGCAUACAAACUUUUAAUUUAAGAUACAAAAGGGCUAUAAGAGAACCCAUCAGCUGCUUCUGGAAUACACACUAACUGCUUCUGGAAGGCACAUCAACAAGCUAUAGAAAGCAUACAAACUGUUUAUUUAAGAUACAAAAGGGCUAUAAGAGAACCCAUCAGCUGCUUCUGGAAUACACUCUAACUGCUUCUGGAAGGCACAUCAACAAGCCACAGAAAGCAUGAAAACUGUUUGUUUAAGAUACAAAAGGGCUAUAAGAGAACCCAUCAGCUGCUUCUGGAAUACACUCUAACUGCUUCUGGAAGGCACAUCAACAAGCCACAGAAAGCAUGAAAACUGUUUGUUUAAGAUACAAAAGGGCUAUAAGAGAACCCAUCAGCUGCUUCUGGAAUACAUACUAACUGCUUCUAGAAGGCACA